AUGGCGUCAAAUAACGCUCAGGUUGGAAAGUGGGAAGUCGUGAAAAAAGUAAGAAACCGGGCACCGCCGAGAAAAAAUCCCGGGGAGAAGAAAGCUGGACGGAAAGCUCUGAGCGAAUCCAACACGACGAGGAUCGACCAGCUUCCUCCCCUGGUGACAUCGGAGACGUUGUUUGAGGCUUUUGAGAAGAUGGGGAAGAAGCAUUACAAGGAGCAGGUUCCUCCGGCCGAGCCCAGCAACAAGAAGCCUUCAGCGGGCAAACAGAAGGCCAAGCCUCCCCCUGCCUCCACACCAACACACAACACACACAAGAACCUGGAGGAUGCAUUCAAAGCCUUGGACGUGGGGGAGCUGAAGCAGCAGUUGGACCGGAGCCAGACUCUGUUUCCUGACAACCCGUCAGUAUGGGUCAAAGACCUGGCAGGAUACCUCAACCACGCCCUGGCUGCUCCAGAGACUGAACCCACCCUCAGCAGCUACGCACACGAUUACCCAUACUGCCUUGCGGGGAAGGAGCUGAGGGGCGUGGUCAAGGCUUUGAUUGGUCGCUGCAGCGAGAGUCUACAGGACUUCUAUGACCACUGUGUUUACACCAUGCUGAGAGAACUGGACAAACAGACCGGAGAUCCUCUCCAUGGUUACCGGGUGUGUAUCCAGGCCAUCCUACAAGAUAAGCCCAGAAUAGCUACACAGAACCUGCCUGACUAUCUGGAGUUGUUGCGGUCAGUUCAGAACCGUCCGGUCAAGUGUCUGACCAUCAUGUGGUCUCUGGGACAGGCUGGUUACUAUGACCUCAGCCAGGGGCUACGAGUAUGGCUGGGUAUCAUGCUGCCAGUCCUGGGGGUGAAAGCCCUGUCCUCCUACGCCAUCGCAUACCUGGAGAGACUGCUGCUGCUCCAUGUUAACCUGACUAAAGGUUUUGGUGUCAUGGGACCUAAAGAGUUCUUCCCUCUGCUGGACUUUGCCUACAUGCCCAAGAACGCCCUGUCAUCCAGCCUCCAGGAGCAGCUGCGUCGUCUGUACCCUCGUCUGAAGGUGUUGGCGUUUGGGGCGAAGCCAGAGACCACCCUCCAUACCUACCUGCCCUCCUUCCUGUCCCGAGCCACGCCCCACUGCCCUGAUGAUAUGAAGAGAGAGUUGCUCAGCUCCAUGACAGAGUGUCUAUCUGUUGACCAGCAGAGUCUAGGGGUCUGGAGACAGCUAUACACCAAGCAUCUACCACAGUCCAGUCUGCUGUUAAACCAUCUAAUGAAGUCCUGGAACACUCUGCCACCCAAGGUACAAUAUAACCAUGGUAACUGCCUCUGUCCCGUCUCAGUGAUGAGGUCAUCCGUGUACUGGCUCAGGAUUGGCUGGGAGGAAAGGAAGUUAAUUAUUGGGGUAUAAUAGCUAGAUUCAGUU